AUGUCAACUAUGGACCCAGUGUCUCUCCUUCGCGACCAUCACUCGAACGCGGCGGGCGCUCAACGUACACGCGCGCCCAUUCGUGCGGGCGCCCAGCGGUGGCGCUCCCCCUCCGCAUCGUCCGAUUCGUCGUGCUCGGAUCCCGAGACGCUAGUGGACAAGUACUAUGGCGACGGGGAGGAUGCGGACCAGUUUGGCUUCACGGUGAUGGAGAGCGAGCUGUUUGGGUACUGCAUGGAGCAGCUGGACCGCGGGACGGAUCCGGUUUCGGUCAUUUCGCACCUCUUGCGCCGUGCCACCGAGGAUGCGGCCAAUGUAAUCAGUGUGUGUCUUGUCGCGGAGCGCCUGGGGCAGCAUUACCUCGGAGGAAUGAAGAGCUGGAACCACCUGGUAGAGGAGGAGGUUGUUAAGACAUUCAGUUCGUAUUGGAAGCCCACUGGAGGUUGGUCCAUCGAACUGCACCUACCGACGCCUUACGACUCGCCCUACUCCCGAGGCUUCAACCUCGCUCGCGUGGUCGGAGCCCUGCAUGAGCACUCCCUCCUGACCGCCCGCACCUUCCACUCCGUCCUGACCUUCCUCGCCGAAGACGUCGAGCCCUCGUUGUUUCGACUCACCGCCAUCAGCGAGGCUCUGCAGAAGGCUGGCUCGAAUCUCGAAGCGACAGAUGUCCGGCGGGUGCUGAUGGGCCUCAGAGGCUUGGGGCUCUGACGACUGGGUGUGUGUCUGCGAUUGUGAAGAAGAGGUUCGUCUGGGCAUGGUGCCGGCGAGCCAGACUCUGUGUUGAAUAUCUUUCGCCUGCUGCAGGAUCUGGAAUGACUGUUUUCUCAGCAUAUGUCCGUAACGUAAUCGUCGAAGAACAUUGUAUAUACAAGUCCAAAGGACAGCACAGAGCACAGGCAGACAUGUAUUCAAUUCGAUACCCCAUCCAAUUGCUUUUGAAUGAUGAUUUCGUUGACACUGAAAAAUCCAGUUUAUC